UCGACGCAUGACAGUUUACGAGUCUUCCUGUUCGCUCGUGGCUAGAGGACGUUGGUGUCACAGAGGAGAGGGGCUCUUCGGGUAUUUUUAUUUUCACUAAAUCAAGAAAAUAAGUAACAGUCAAAAUGUUUUCCCGUGCCGUGAGACCUACCGUCAGCCUCGUUCGGAGCUUGUCCACCUCGUCUCAGAACAACGCCAAGGUGGCGGUGCUUGGAGCGUCAGGCGGUAUAGGCCAGCCGCUAUCUCUGCUGCUCAAGAAUAGCCCCCUGGUGAGUCACCUCUCCCUCUAUGAUAUUGCCCACACUCCCGGGGUGGCUGCAGACCUUAGCCACAUCGAGACAAGGGCCCAAGUGACCGGCCACAUGGGUCCCGACCAGCUGGAUGCCGCUCUGCAGGGCUGCGACGUCGUGGUUAUUCCCGCCGGUGUACCCAGAAAGCCAGGCAUGACCCGUGAUGACCUGUUCAACACCAAUGCCACCAUUGUUGCCACCUUGGCUGAUGCCUGCGCCCGCAACUGCCCCGAGGCUAUGAUCUGCAUCAUCGCCAACCCUGUCAAUUCCACUAUCCCUAUUACAUCAGAGGUCAUGAAGAAACGUGGAGUGUACAACCCCAACAGAGUGUUUGGUGUCACAACCCUGGACAUUGUCAGAGCAAACACCUUCGUGGCAGAGCUUAAAGGCCUUGACCCAGCUCGCGUCAAUGUACCAGUCAUUGGAGGUCACGCAGGGAAGACCAUCAUCCCCCUCAUUUCCCAAUGCACACCCAAAGUGGAGUUCCCUGCUGACCAGCUGUCUGCACUGACUGGCAGGAUCCAGGAGGCCGGAACAGAGGUGGUGAAGGCCAAGGCUGGAGCUGGAUCUGCUACCCUCUCCAUGGCCUAUGCAGGUGCCCGUUUCACCUUCUCUGUCCUGGACGCCAUGAAUGGAAAGGAGGGUGUGGUGGAAUGCGCCUAUGUCAGAUCUGAGGAGACGGAGUGCAAGUACUUCUCCACACCUCUUCUCCUGGGGAAGAGUGGCAUUGAGAAGAACCUGGGGCUGGGCCGGCUGUCUGCCUUUGAGGAGAAGCUGGUGGCUGAUGCCAUAGAUGAGCUGAAGGCUUCAAUCAAGAAGGGCGAGGAUUUUGUAGCUAAUAUGAAGUGAACAGGGGGCAUAAAGUUAGCUGUAAAUUAGCAGUGUCUGUGAUUGAUAAUUUGUUCUGUCUUAACUUAAAGGCAUCUGGGUAAAUCUCAAGAUCUGUCACAGUGUUUCCUCUUUUUUAUUUUUGUUUUAGCAGUAGGAUCUCCUAAUUCAGAAAUCCUGCUUUUGGCAUUGGUCCUCACUCCUUUGUAUAAUUUCCAUUGCCUUUCCCAACAUGGCUUUAUUUUGCACCUAUGAUUUGUGUACAUACUGUACUGUGACUUAUCUAUAUUUUGCAAAUGUCAAAUUUAAACAAAACUUCCUAUAUUUUCAUGUACAGUCUGUGUUAGAGGGGAUUUCUCUGCUGAAUGAAUGAGGAGGAAAUGCUGUCAUCAUGCCUGUCGAUGCAAAUAGAUGUUACUGAUGAGCAAAAUAUUCACUCCACCAAUAAAACAGUUCAGCUUUAAAAAAA